CUAAGGACCAUGGCUACGUAUAGGACGCUUAUGUUAUUGUGCUUCUUAGCCGCACCGGCUAUCGGAGCAUGGCAGGGAGGAUUAAAUGUUCGCUUCGACAUCACAGUUGUCGGUAUUGGAGUUACAGCGUUCAUAGAACUGCCCCAGUCCAACACGACAGCGGCUGAAAAGAACUGGGUGCGACUGACCCGGCCUGAAGGUCCUGCGGGUCUAGCUUCUCUGGUCUUAUGGUGUCCACCUACUGAUUACACUGUUUGUGUGCUAAUCGAUGAUACCGGGUACAUUGCUGGACUGCAAAUUGCUCUGGAUAUAGAGAAAGUCACUGGCAACACGUUUGACAUGAGAACUCAAGGAUUCACAUACUGGACGACAAACCUGAAUGGAGAAACUAAGAAUUACUGGACUACGCAACAGUAUUACAUAUCACCUGAAACUCUUGCGACCGACCCAGCUAACAGGAUAGCGGCGCGUGAUCCGCACGUUUUGUUGCAAGACCAUUCCAUUUACGUGUCUAGCUUCAACGGGGAACUUCUCGCCAUCUCCACCAAUACAAGUGACAUUGCCCACAACAGUGACUUCACGGAGCAAGCUUGUAUCCCUGGGAUGGGUGACCACUACUACUAUAAGAUGACCCCGGAGCUGAAGUGCACUGAAGAUAACUUAAUGCCUUGGUUCCCCCUCGUGCACUCGGACCAGCUCAUUGGUCUCGGCAUGGUCACCUACGGCAGGCACACCGUCAGCGAGGGUGCUACCGACUGGUUCGAGACCCCUACUAGGGGAGUCAUUAUGGCUAUCGUUCCUAGAGGUCCCCAGUGCAUGUACGACUUAGCAGAUUCACCUGGAGUCAUCACAAUGCACACGUACUUCAUCAAACAUCCAUAUGAAGUGACUUGUUUGGUUUGAUAUUAUUGAUUUAGGCGCAUGACUCUGAUAGUGUAUCUAUGAUUUUUUAAUUAAUAAAGGC